GUGCAGCUGUAUUUCCUCAACAGUCAAGUUGUCACUUCGCCGAUUGUGAACUUUAAAACGAUGGCUGGGACUGUUAAAAAAGUGUUUAAGCUAGACUGCCAAGUCCAAAACUAUGCCUGGGGUAAAGAGUGAUGUUGCUAGAUUAGUACAUGCUGCCAAUCAGAGUUUUACCAUUGAAGACACGCAAAAUUAUGCUGAGCUUUGGAUGGGUACUCAUCAAAAGGGCCCAUCUGUAAUAGCAGGCACAGGAACAAGUCUUCAGGAUUGGAUCAGGGAGCAUCCAGAGAGCUUAGGUGCUGGUGUAGCAAAGAAGUUUGGUGGAGAAUUGCCCUUUCUCCUCAAAGUGCUAUCCGUAAACAUUUCUUUAUCAAUACAAGCUCACCCAAGUAAGGAACAUGCAGAGGAGCUGCAUAAGAAUGAUCCAAAGAACUACCCAGAUGCUAACCACAAACCUGAGAUGGCCAUUGCGUUAACACCAUUUGAAGGCAUGUGUGGUUUUCGACCUGCCAGCGAAAUUGCAAAGAAUUUUAAAGAUAUCAGUGAACUGGCGGUUGUAAGUGGUAGUGACAAUGUUGCAAGAUUUUUGGAGGCAAUUAAGCUAGGGAAGGAUGCUGCAAAUCAGUUGAAAAUCUGCUUCACGGCGUUGAUGAACUGCCCAAAAAUCAUGGUCGAAGAACAACUCCGAUUGCUGAGAGGCAGACUAGAUGUGGGGGAUGGUUCUAGAGAGCCACUAACGGACCUCUUUCUGCGGAUCUACAAACAGUUUCCUGGCGAUGUCGGAUGCUUUGUCAUCUAUUAUCUAAACCAUAUGCAACUGCAGCCUGGUGAAGCUAUGUUCCUUGGGCCUAAUGUACCACACGCAUACCUAUAUGGAGACUGCAUGGAGUGCAUGGCAUGUUCUGACAACACUAUUAGGGCUGGUCUGACUCCAAAGUUUAUUGAUGUCACUACUCUUUGUGAUAUGUUGGAUUAUCAGUGUAAAAGCAUAGAAGAUAACAAGUUUCAUUGUGUGAGGCACAGUGUUGAUCCAUAUGUGGAAGAAUACAACCCCCCAGUGCCGGAUUUCGCUGUAGCUAAAAUCGAAUUGCCGUCUGAUGUAAGAGAGUACCAGCUUGAGGCACGCGGCAGUGCAAGCAUUGUCCUUACAAUCCACGGCAGUGCUGAUGCAAGCAAUCCUACCCUGCGAGAUGAGAGCAUACAGAUCAUGAGAGGGACAGUGAUUUUUGUCUCGGCAGGUGAAACUGUAAGCCUGAAGAUCAAGUCUGAUGGCAUUCUGAUGUUCCGGGCACUUUCCCCAAUAUAAUAUAUUUGUAUUAAUAUAGUAAAAUGAAUAUUUAGUAAAAUAUAGAAGAGCUAUUCCUAGAGUUCAUAUUGAUAGCCUAUCUUAUACUUAUACACCUACACUGACCCAUAGUGCACUAAUUAUCAUAGUAGUAUUUUUGUUAUUAUUAUUAUUAUUAUUACUAGCUGGAACCCGCGCUAAGCGCGGGCUUAGUGACUGUGAUGCAUGUGGUA